AUGCAGAAUGCUUCUAAAAACAUUUGUGAAAGAAUGGGUCGCUCUCAGGAGCUCAGUGAAUUCAAGUGUGGUACCAUGAUAGGUUGCCACCUGUGCAAUAAGUCCAUCUGUGAAAUUUCCUGGCUACUAAAUAUUCCACGGUCAACUGUUAGUGGUACUAUAAUAAAGUGGAAGCAACUGGGAACAACAACUCAGCCAAGAAGUGAACGAGGUCAGCACAUGCUGAAGCACACAGAGCGCAGAAGCCACCAACUGUCUGCAGAGUCAAUAGCUAAACACCUCCAAACUUCAUGUGUCCUUCAGAUUAGCACAACAGCAGUGCAUAGAGAGCUUCAUGGAAUGGGUUUCCAUGGCUGA